AUGCAGCUCAUUGGCCAUGGUGUUGGGAACGCGGGGACAGAGGAGAAGUUUGCGGAGGUCCAGAUAGGGGCCCCACAUUUUUUGGGUCCGAACAAUCGUCUGCCGUGUGACCUUCAACCUGAUACGCUACGGGUCAAGUCAAGGGAGCGAGCGGAAUACGAAGCCGACAUCGAUCACGGAACUCUCUUCCGCGCUGAUCGUAACAGUCCUGCACUUCAUCCAAGGCCGAAGACCGAUAUUCCCAAGAUCAAUGGUCUCCCUGAGAUUCCUGGGGUACCACUAUUUGGCAACCUCAUCCAGCUUGGCGAUCGACACGCGAAGGUUGCCGCAGGAUGGGCUAAGACGUACGGCCCUGUAUUUCACCGAUUCGCGCUCAAUACUAGUCUGACCCUCAACUAUGGCAUCCGGAUUGACGGCAAUGUUCAAGACACCUUGCUACAGGAGAUUGUUGCUGUGGAACGUGGAGUGUCAAAUUUCCGGAGCACGAGUAAUAACUGGCAGGAUUUUAUCCCGUUGCUGCGCAUAUUUCCCACGAUGAAUCAAGAAGCUGAAGAUUUCCGUGUCCACCGCGACAAGUACCUGACUCAUUUGUUGAGCCUGCUCAAGCAGAAAAUCGCGGAAGGGACUGACAAACCUUGCAUUACUGGGAACAUCUUGAAGGAUCCCGAGGCCAAGCUCAAUGAUGCUGAAAUCAAAUCGCUCUGUUUGACCAUGGUCUCAGCCGGUCUGGACACGGUUCCAGGCAACCUAGUAAUGGCUUUGGCAUACUUGAGCUCCGAGGAUGGUCAGCGCAUCCAACAGAAGGCAUACGAAGAGAUAAUGAAAGUCUACCCAGAAAGCGACGCGUGGGACAAAUGCCUCGUCGAAGAGAAGGUGCCAGAUAUCAAAUGGGGUUCCGCUGUCAUUCCCGCUGGCACCACCUUUUUCAUGAAUGCUUGGGCUGCUGACUACGAUGCCGGCUAUUUCUGCGAACCUCAGAAAUUUAUACCAGAGCGGUACUUGAACAGUGUAGAGAAUGCUGGAACGCCCCACUACGGCUACGGCGCAGGCUCUCGCAUGUGUGCCGGGUCGCACUUGGCUAACAGAGAGCUCUAUACGGCCUUCAUCCGAACAAUCACAACAUUCACCAUUCACCCGCCACAAAAUCCAGCAGACUCUCCGAUCUUGGAUGCUCUCGAGUGUAACAUGAUUCCCACGGCACUCGCAACGGAGCCUAAGCCGUUUAAGGUCAGAUUCAAGGCACGGGACCCUGUCCUUUUACAGCGAUGGAUUUCUGAAAGCCAGGAACGAACCCAGGACCUUUAA